AUGGCUGUUGCUCUGUCUCCAACUACUUCUCUCCGCCUAAAACCCUUCUCCGCCGUUCAAUUCCUCUCCGUCUGCCGGGGAUUAUAUCCCAAAACUCUCCCCACACAAUUCAAAACCCUAGCAACCAGUGCUAUUUUCCCGCCAAAAUUCCACACUCCGUCCAUUCCCUCACCAUUCUGCGGAGCCGCUUCGUCCAUCUUCGUAACCAACCGUCGGUGCUUUUGCACUGUUAUCGCCGGAGCUCUCUCCUCGGGCGAGGCCGUGGAGAGUCUAAAAAUUGGGUUGUCAGAAAAGCAAGGCCUUGAAAUUGGUGAAAUAGUUGGGGAAUUUCGUACAAGAUUGAGGAUUGUGGAUAUAAAAGGAGGGCCUGACGAGGGUUUGGAUCGAUUGGGGCAGACUUUGGUAGUUCAGGGUUGGGUCCGGACACAAAGAGUGCAGAGCAGUGUUACAUUUAUCGAGAUUAAUGAUGGUUCAUGCCUUUCAAACAUGCAAUGUGUGAUCAACUCCGAUGCUGAGGGUUAUGAACAGGUGGAGAGUGGCUUGAUUUCAACUGGUGCGUCGAUAUGGGUCCAAGGGAUAUUAGUAACCAGCCAAGGAUCAAAGCAAAAAGUAGAGCUAAGGGUUGAUAAACUUGUUUCGGUCGGAAAGAGUGAUCCUUCCUAUCCAAUCCAAAAGAAAAGGGUUAGCAGAGAAUUUUUGAGAACCCAGGCUCAUCUUCGGCCUAGAACAAACACUUUUGGUGCGGUUGCAAGGGUGAGGAAUGCUUUGGCUUAUGCUACGCACAAGUUUUUCCAAGAAAAUGGUUUUGUAUGGAUCUCAAGUCCAAUUAUUACUGCUUCAGAUUGUGAAGGAGCUGGUGAACAGUUUUGUGUGACCACUUUGAUUCCCAGCUCCAGAGAAGCAAUUGAUUCUCCCGUGGAUGCGAUCCCCAAAACUGAUGUUGGUUUAAUUGAUUGGUCACAAGAUUUUUUUGGGAAGCCAGCAUUCUUAACUGUCUCUGGCCAACUCAAUGCCGAAACAUAUGCUACUGCACUUUCUGAUGUGUAUACAUUUGGUCCAACAUUUCGAGCUGAAAAUUCUAACACUUCCAGACACUUGGCUGAAUUUUGGAUGAUUGAACCAGAACUUGCAUUUGCUGACUUAAAUGAUGACAUGGCCUGUGCAGCUGCCUAUCUCCAGUAUGUAGUAAAACAUGUUCUUGAAAAUUGCAAGGAAGAUAUGGAUUUCUUCAAUACUUGGAUUGAGAAAGGAAUUAUCAACCGACUCAGUGAUGUGGUUGAGAAAAACUUUGUGCAGUUGACUUACACUGAUGCAAUUGAAUUUCUUCUAAAAGCAAAUAAGAAAUUCGAAUUUCCGGUGAAAUGGGGAUGUGACUUGCAAAGUGAGCACGAACGUUACAUCACGGAAGAAGCUUUUGGUGGAUGUCCAGUAAUAGUACGAGACUAUCCAAAGGAUAUCAAGGCAUUUUAUAUGCGGCAAAAUGAUGAUGGAAAAACUGUUGCAGCCAUGGAUAUGUUGGUUCCUCGGGUGGGUGAACUUAUUGGUGGAAGCCAAAGAGAAGAACGACUCGAAUAUCUGGAAGAGCGCUUGGAUGAAUUAAAGCUCAAUAAGGAAAGUUAUUGGUGGUAUCUUGAUCUAAGGCGUUAUGGCUCAGUUCCUCAUGCUGGCUUCGGAUUGGGCUUUGAAAGGCUUGUCCAAUUUGCAACUGGAAUAGAGAAUAUAAGAGAUACAAUACCUUUCCCACGGGCACCUGGCUCAGCCGAAUUUUGA